GGGGCUGGAACCAGCGGUGCCCCCUGCCCCACCGCGAAAUGGCGGCCAGCGAGACCCCGCCCUUCAUUUGCAUGGCCACGCCCCAACCGCUGACGCUACGGCAAGGGCGUAGUCUCCACGGUAACGGCCGCGGCGCUGCGCGCCGUGGGGCUCGGUGGCUCCGGUCCCCAAAGCUCGGUCCCCAGAGCCCGGCCAUGGUGGGUGACGAGGAGCAGGAGCGGGAUUUCCAGCGGUUCCUCCGCCGGGUGGACGAUAUCGCCAAUUUAGUGCAAGGCUUGAGCUCCCCAGACUCGGCUGUCAAUGCAAAAGCCAUUGCUGAAGCAGAGAAAAGGCUCCAUGAUCAAGAAACUAACAAGGAGGAAGAAAGCAAAACUACAGUCAACAGAACAGUCAUCAACACCCGAGCUUCUGAUGUGGCAAAUGCAGAGGCUGUGAAUGCAGAUGGCUUUCUGGCAAUGUUGGAAAAGGAUGCAAAAGAACGUGCUAAACAAAGGAAGAGAAAUGAACACUUAGCAAAUGCUCUGAAAGAGAAGGGAAAUGAUGCCUUCAGGAAAGGAGACUAUGUCAGAGCCAUUCAGAGAUACACUGAAGGUCUGGAAAAACUGAGAAAUAAGCAGGAGCUUUACACAAACAGAGCACAGGCCUACCUGAAGGUGCAUGAGUAUGAAAAAGCCAUUGGUGACUGUGAAUGGGCAUUAAAGUGCAAUGAAAAAUGUAUUAAAGCCUGUUUUCUAAUGGGGAAGGCUCAUCUGUCACUUAAACACUACAGUGAGGCCAGGGAGUGUUAUGAGAAGAUCUUACAAAUCGAUCCCCAAAAGGAAAGCCUGUUUAAAGAUUGUAUGAAUGAGGUAAACUUGGAGGAGAAAAGAAUGAGAGAUGAAGAGAGAGCAAUGAAGGAAGUUGAGUCUGGAAACCUUGCUGCUCUGUCCAUAAAAGAACUGCUGCAGAAACUGCAUAGACCUGACCAGAAUGUCCUCUACUAUGCAGGAGGGAUCAGACUUUUAGCUGGAACUGUGAAAGAUUGUACUGAGCAAACUUUAUUUAGAACAAACAAUGGAUUCAGUAUCCUCGGAGACAACGAGAUUGUAAGAGGGGGCUUCUGUGCAGAGAGCAAAAAUGCUGCUGAAGUGGAUUUGUCUGUUUCUCUUCUGCUCCUUUGGCAAGCUGUCUGCGCUGGGAAUGAAGAAAAUCAGCGUCUUCUGUUGACUCACCCUGAUGUGAGUGCACAGCUGCCAAAGCUGCUUUCCUCAGGGGUAUCGGAGAUCCAAAAGGAGACAUUGGCACUAAUUUAUCUUUACUCAGAGAAUGAGAAUGGGAGGAGACUGCUGGUCAGGCACCUGGAUCUAACCAAAUGGCUGCAGGUUUUGAUGAUGUUUGUCAACAGCACUGAUGCCAAGGCUAGCAGUGCCAUGGACAUAUUAUCUGAUUUAACUCAAGAGGAAAGGUUCAAAACCCAGUGUCGUGUCAUGCUUUCCACAGAUGUUUUACCUUUAUUCACCCAGUUGCUGACCUCUGCCAAGCUGGUGAACCAGGCAGCCCUUGCCCGUUGCAUUGGCAUCAUGGGGAAUCUGUGUGCAGAUGGAGUCAUUCGAAUGCAGAUGGCUGAGUGCAAAGAGUGCUGGCAAGCAUGCCUAAAGCUUGUGGAUGAAUACUUUGAUGUGAGCACAUCCAAAUACCAGCAGUGUUUGUUUGCAGUUCUGGGCCUCAUGAUGAACUUGCUGCUUGAAUCAAAUGUGAUUAUCCAGUACUUUGCUGUGGACAUAAGUGGCAGGUGCGUGUCUCUCCUCAGGGAUAAGGAUGGAAGGAUUGUCACAAGAGCCACUGGAGUGCUAAGUCGCAUCCUGCCAGCAUCCUCCUCGGCGGUAGAAGAAGUAGUGAAAGGAGGGGUGGUGAAGAAAAUGAUCAAAUUUUUGAAAGCUGGAGGAGAGACUACAUGCAAUUAUGGUAUAAAGACCCUUUCCAUCUGCACCAGAAGUAACAGGCAAGCUCAAGAAGAUCUCGUGAAGUCAGAUAAAGGGUUCAGUGUGCUGCUGAAGCUCUUGGACUCAGAGAAUGAAAUGAUUGUAGGCAAUGCUGCACUCUGCCUUGGCCAGUGCCUUGUAGUUCCUGGAGCAGCAACAUCGUUACUGAAUUCCAAUGUUGUGAUGAUCUUGUUGAAGCAUGCUGGUGGCAAUGCUAGAAGAACUUCAGUGCAGGAGAAUGCAGCGAUUGCUCUGGGGAAGCUUUGUGUUGCUGAACCAAGGCAUAUUUUUCAACUGCGGAAACUCAAUGGUUUGGCCAUCCUGAGCUCCUCUAUGAAAUACGUGCAAAGCAUCUGAAGUUUUCAAGAGAGCUUCAAAAUGUGCUGUUAAUAUCACUUGCUGUUGAGUACUGUAGUUUUCUCUUUAAUAAAGCUAACUCAAAGUGCAUCAA